GGAGCCGCGCCGAGCCGAGCCGCUGCGGGAGCUGCUGCCGGAGCCGCCGCGCGCCAUGGGCACGGGGCGCAGGGGGAUGCGCUGCAUCAAGAUCCUGCUGUGCAUCUUCAACACCACCUUCUGGCUGGCAGGACUGGCUGUUAUUGCCUUUGGGCUGUGGCUGCGAUUUGGUGGGGUUAUGGCAGACAUUGCUUCAGACAAAAGGUCUCCAGAGUAUUUCUUCAUGGGACUCUAUGUGCUGGUGGGAGCCGGAGCUCUCAUGACCACAGUUGGAUUUUUUGGGUGCUGUGGAGCAGCGCGGGAGUCUCAGUGCUUACUUGGAGCAUUCUUUGCUUGCUUGUUGGUGAUAUUUGCAGCCGAGAUCACUGCUGGAGUGUUUGCCUUUAUAGGCAAGAAAGUGGCAAUACAGGAAGCCCAGAAGAUCUAUGAAGACAUUUAUGAUGACUAUAUGAAAAACCCGGGGGGGAAGGUCAACAGGACUAUCUAUCACUUACACAUGGCUCUCCAAUGUUGUGGUAAAGAUGGUAUAGAACAACAAAUGGGACUACCCUGCCCAGAGAACAUCCAGCUGCCAAAGAGCUGCCUGGUUGAGAUCCAGAAAGUAAUUGAUGCUAAUCUGCAUUUAGUCGGAAUUGUUGGAAUUGCAAUUGCUGGCAUCACAGAGAACCUCAGCCGGUUUUGCUGUCAUGCAGAGGUCAUGCAGGUGCUGAUGCUCAGCCCUGUAACAGCCCUGCAAUGAAGAGUAAUAUUUCUUUAUGCUGAAAUAACCCGAAAUAAACGACUGACGGAGCCCGCACCAGGCGCGGUCCGAACCAACACACCCCCCGCCCCCCCUCGGUGCCGCCACCACCCUCCCACCGCGGCAGGGCCGCCUCCGCCUCACCUCCUGCAUCCCGGCGCUCAGUACACCGGCAGUCAAGGCCCGCGGGGCGUCCGCCCUCCGAGGGGCUCCUCAGGCCGAGCCGCGAGCACCGUCCGCGGGGCAGGGGUGGCCGGGCCGGGGCCGGGGCCGGGGGGGACGGGGACAGACCCAAACCGAGGAGCGCACCUCAGCUCCCCUCAGGUACCCGCGCGGCUGGGCGGCCCCACCCCCGGGGCGGAGCAGCGUGCAACGCUCACUUCUCAUUGGCUAUUCUCACUGCAGCUCGUGCGCGCCGCUCGUUCCGCAUUGGCUACUGGUAGCGCGGGCGGCACGCGGGCGGUGCUGCGGCCGGAGGCAGCGGGGCGGGGCGGAAAGAGGCGGUACCGUGCGCGGGGCGGGCCCGCGUCCUGCCCCGCCCCGCCCCGCCCCUCUCAGCAGUGCCCUCCCCGCUGGAGCGGCGGGGACCACGAGGGGGGCGCCCCCUGGCGGCUGGGCGGGUGCAGCUGCCUGCAGCCAUUCCGGGCGGAGCGAAGGCUGCGCGGUUGCGUUCUCAGGGCCCGGUUCCAGGCGCGCUGA